AUGGCAACCACGAAGAGAAGAAAUUCGAGUUUCGUCUUCUAUUUCUUUCUUCUGUUUCUUCUGUUUUCCGCCGCGGCUGUGACAGAGGCAGAGGGGCAACACGGAGGCUUUAAAAAUCGGAACUGGAAGAAAGGGGAGAGAGAGCGCAAAAAGGAUUCACAAAAGAAACUAAGAGGAGUGCUCAAAGGAAGCAAUCACGAUCCAGAUAAUUUGUUUCCAAGGCACAGAGACCGCAAGGAAAAAGAUUUUUUGACAGGCGUUUUGCUUACAGUUGCUGGGGCUGAGGACAUUGGCUCUGAAACCCACAUGAUAGAAAGGCCUUGGGGAAGUGCCCACGCUGAACGUGUGGGGCUUACGUGGCCGGAUUUUGAUCCUAUUGACAAACUAAUCACACAACUUGGUGGUGACUUUGGAGACGGAAAACGCAUGGCGUCAGAGGGAGACCAAGGUCCCUAUUAUAGCAUCAUCGUAGUCCAAAGCGGAGGAAGUGGCUUGGAUGGCACGCGAAUAAUUGUGAAGCUGACUGUUAGGCCUCCAGACGGAAAGUAA